CCAAGCUGGAGAGUAUGGGCUUCCGCGUCGGGCAGGGGCUGAUCGAAAGGUUUACAAAAGAUACUGCCAGGUUCAAGGAUGAAUUAGAUAUUAUGAAGUUCAUUUGCAAAGAUUUUUGGACAACUGUAUUCAAAAAACAAAUAGAUAACCUAAGGACUAAUCAUCAGGGUAUUUAUGUCCUUCAAGACAAUAAAUUUCGUCUCUUGACACAAAUGUCUGCAGGAAAGCAGUAUUUAGAACAUGCACCAAAGUAUUUAGCAUUUACCUGUGGACUAAUCAGAGGAGGCCUAUCGAAUUUGGGAAUAAAGAGUAUUGUAACAGCUGAAGUUUCAUCAAUGCCUGCAUGUAAAUUUCAGGUGAUGAUACAGAAGAUGUAGAGCACAUUCAAAUCUGGGUAUCUACCUUAAAAAUCCUUUGUGUGUGGGUUCAGUAUCUUGGUUCAGCUUUGUAUGUAGCUUGUAAAUUAUAGCAGUGUGCAGCACAAUUCCAAAAUAUAUAAUAAAUGUUCAUCAAAAUAACUUAACACUAUCCUUGUAUCUUGGUAUGAAAUUUAUUCUAUACCAAGGUAUUAACGUCCACAUGGUAAAAACUGUCUACUCAAAAGUUUUUAGUGAAAUAUUUCAAUUACCGAAACAGCACAUAUGGAAGACCAGAGGCACGUUUUGAGACCAGAGUAAAAGCCUGACCAAGACUAAAUUGGGGUAAGAAACUAACGUGUUUUGUGUUACCUAACAUGAAUGGUCAACUGCUGCCUUUCCCUGUUCACUCUGAACUGUGAGACAGCAAUUGCUUUUAUUCUGAGGAAGCCAUUAGCACGUGAACCAACAGCCUUCAUUAAUGGUGUUCAGUGGAGGCUUAGUUCCUCUGUAGGAAUGCUAUGGGGCAGUAGAAAAGAGAACUUAUUUCUAUAUAGUUAAACAGUUUCUCCUAGCUCCCUAAAAUUAGCAGCUGUUUUUUGUGUCAGAAUAAUUGUACAGCUAAGGUCAUCUAUACUGGUGAAAGAAGGAAAUUUGUUUUAGCUUGUUGUGCAUAAACUCCAUAUUAAUGUAAUUGUUUUUAAUUGCUAGCUACAACUCACUUCUGUAAUGAGUGUGUGCAGGAAGAUGAUUAGGCCUGCAAGAAGCUAUAAAGACAUCACCAAGACUCUUUGAGGACAUUGGGGUUUGCUAGAUACUACUUGUUACAAGAUUUGCAUAACAAUACAUAUCUUGCUGUAGGUAAGCAUGAAAACAUCUUGUUAAAACUUUUAAUGAAUUUUGCUGUAAGACUCUUCUGUUGUCAGGUUCAGGCCUUAUACUUUCAAAUGAAUCACGAUAGAAACUUACGGUGUUUAUUCAGAAGUGUGAGAAUGCCUUGUGAUAGCAAUUCAGUUUCUACUUUGAGACCAGUAAAUAACAGGCUAACUAGAAAAGCUAACAUGUUAAAAUAGCACCUUUGAUUGUUAUAACUACCUUCUGUGUUGGGAGAAGUGUAUGUUGUCUAGCUGUAUGGUGGGCAAGAACAGUGGAAGCUAUUCUUCCCUAAGCUCUAGGGAAGGUCUGAAGUUUGUAAUGGAUUGAGCCUUUUCUAGAUAGCUGUUACAAGCUGGCAAGCUAUGGAUUAUAAAUGUGAUAACCAGGGGUUUAUUAUACUUGAGCUUAAGAUGUGACCAAAUUCUGAUCUUUUCAGGUACUGUGAAUGCUAGUUCAGAUUAGUUGUAGCUGAGUAACUUGACGGUUCGAGGAAACAUCUAAAGCAGAACUUAAACUAGCAGAAUGCUGUCCCACUGUUUAUAGAACUAGCAAAGAUGAAAGUAACUACAGUAGUAUGGUACUCGCUGGGGAUCAGCUGUUUGACUGAUUGAAAACGCUGGGUUCUUAUACUGGUAGUUUAGAGGAAGGCUGUGGUUGUUGUUCACCUUUAUAACUCAGAUUUGUUUGAAAUUUUAGGGCUAGAGAAUUAGUUAACUAGUAUUCUUGCAUUUCAUGGGUUCUUCAGUUGCCAACUCAUCCUACUUUCAACAUGCUGAAAAUGUUACUAAAGAGACUAGAAGUAACUUGCACUGUAUGUCUAAUACACACUUCAAUGUCAUCACACUUUAGGCAUCUGCAGUGUGGUAGACAUUCAGUAUCAGCAUACACAGAAUCAUCGUUCCUCGCAUCUCCAGAAUUAAAACUCUAGCAUUUAUUGUAAUUCGCUUUGAUUUUUCACUUGAUAGUUAAGACUACCAUUCCAGAUGCAAAAGUGCCAAUCAUUCAGAGACAUAUUAAAGGCUUAUCAAUAACUGGUUCUGGUUAAUGAUUAUUUUUAAUAGCAAGGGGAGGGACUUAAAUUCUACAAUAUACAGAAAGUAGAUGUCAGCUAAUACUGUCUGUCAAUUUGCUGCUAUCAGCAGAAUUCAUAGUUCCUUUAACAUGGGUUUUUAAUUGUUGAAGAUAAUUAGAACCAGAGGGAGUCAUGUAUGUACCAAGCAGAUGCUGAUACUCUUGGUGAAGCACUCCACAUUAAAUAUAUAAAUAGGCAAGCUAAUAUACUUGUCAAGAUACCAUACAGAAAAUAAAUUUGUUCGUUCUUAUUAAUAAAUGCUUCUAUUAAAAGCAUUGAAUACAGCUGUGUAAUUUUCACUGGUUUCUGCAACUGUUUACGAAAAAUAGUAUUACUACUCAGGAAGUAGUGAUGUUUAUGUUUUACUAAAAUAAUUGUUUCAGUAACUUACUGGCUAUAGUUGAACUGCUUAGCAGUGCUUAAGCUCAGGAACCAAAGCUUGAAAAAACACAUUCAGUCCUAGAUGUGUAUAGUAAGGCUGCUGUUAAAUAGUAUGAAGAAUGAGAAAAGCCACGAUGUUUAAGAACACUCUUUUAAAUGCUUCAGUUUUACUAAAAAAGCCCUCAAUAGGUGUGUGUUAGAUAAAGAACAAUCACUUGUAAUGUAACCUCAGACUUCAGCUAAUAGCAGUGUCCACAGGAUUACUCAGAUGGUAGAAAUUUCUAACCAAGAAUGUAGUUUACAGAGACAGUAUCUUAAGAGAUGAUGCUAGACACUUCAUUGACCACUUUACGAUGAUGGUGAUGAUGAUACUGGAGACA